AUGGUCCCGUUCGGGUAUAGUCCACCGGGUAUGCCAAAAAUUGACAAUGGAAUGCCAACUGCCACAUCCACUUACAGCAAAAAUGAUAUGCUGCAACAAUACCAACCGGUGUAUGGUAAUCGCUACUUGUUUCCACCAGCUUGGGGCACCGGAAGGGUUAAAUACUUCUCGGAUGGUCGAUUCAUUAGACGAUAUUACAGUAAUCGACAACAAGCUUCCCCAGUGUGGACUUCAAGCUCUGUGGCCUAUGAAAACAGUGAUGGUUACGUCCACCACAGUAGCAAUGGUGAUAGUGAGGUUGAAGCCGAACACAAUGCAGAGUUACGCUCCACAUCCAAUGCACGCCCAUGGCGUUUCACUUAUGCCUACAAGGCACCCAAAAUGAACAACGUUCAACCGAAUCUGAUACCGGAUGGCAGUACAUGGUACGUCAAUCCAAACAGGAGGAACACGCGGCCAAAGUUCGCCAUUGUCAAUCGGGUCCUCAGACCGAAUCAAAUAAACUACGCACCACACAGUCCUCAGUCGUUGCAUGCGAGGCGUAGACAUGUAGAACGAUCAGCUUCCCGUCGGUCUUAUAAUACACCAACAAUUAGUUUCAGUGUGUUCCCAACAGACAUCCGACCUCCACGUUGGAAGCCCAGUGGACAUCAGAGAAAAGUGCCAUCUACCCCCAAUGUGAGGCCGAUUUACCGGCACGACGGCCCAACUACCUAUCAAAGAGUACAGUAUUGA